CCAUCUGCGCUGCGCAAUCCUUCUUCCUCCCACUUCCGUCCGUGUAUUUCCGCCGCGCUCGGCUCGGCCGCCGCCUCCGUGCCCGCCGGCCUACGCGCUCGGCGCAGCCGCGCCCUCGCGCUCGCCUCCCACGUGCGCCCGCCUCAGACUCUGCCGCCGGCUCCCUGCCUUCGUCUCUGCGCCCGCCGCCCACGCCGCUGGCCUACGUGCUCGCCGUAGACGCGCCCUAAACGCCGGUCGCGGCUGUGACCCGCGCCUGCCUCCCACGCCGCAUUCACCAGCAUCCAACUGAAGCUAGAGAAAAUAAGGCAGGGGAAACGCGCUCCUGUGCGGCCGAGCCCGACCCCUCCCCUCUCCUUCUCCAUCGCAGUGGGCCCAUCUCCAGCAGCGCCGCAAACCUCUCGCCGCCACCGCCGUCUCACAGCAGCACCGGCACGCGUGGCGGCGCGGUACGCCGGCACAAGUUUCGCUUUUCCCGUACAGGCUAGUAGCGAAAAAGCCUAGCCAUGCCUUUGGUCUAAAAGCGCCCGCAUGCGGCAUCCACCCCGCGGUGAAGCAUCUCCUCCUAGCACUUCAGCACCCCAGAGCUCUAGCGCAAGCCUCGGGCUCCAGAUCCCCAACCUGGCCAUGUCGAGCCGGAGACAGGCGUGGCAGUUUGCGGCUGCGCUGGUCUUCUUCCACGGCUCUGAGUAUGUCCUCGCUGCCGCUUUCCACGGCCGCCAGAACGUCACCGCUACUUCACUUCUUAUUAGCAAGCAGUAUGUAUUGGCAAUGGGUUUUGCAAUGCUGGAACACCUGACAGAAAUUCUUAUUUUCCCGGAAGUAAAGGAGUACUGGUUUGUCAGUAAUACUGGCCUUGUAAUGGUUAUUGUCGGUGAAAUUAUCCGUAAACUUGCUGUAGUGACAGCUGGACGUUCCUUCACGCACGUUAUAAGAACUUAUUAUGAAGAUCAGCAUCAGUUGAUCACCCAUGGACUGUAUAGGUUUAUGCGCCAUCCUGGGUAUUCUGGCUUUCUUAUAUGGGCAGUAGGAACCCAGGUUAUGCUGUGUAAUCCAUUAUCAACAGUUGCAUUCACACUGGUCUUGUGGAGAUUCUUUUCAAAACGGAUACCGUAUGAAGAAUUUUUCUUGAGGCAGUUCUUUGGCUCAGAGUACGAUGAAUACGCACAGAGAGUACACUCUGGAUUACCAUUUAUUAAAUGAAAGUAUAGCACUUGCAAAGUAUGUCGAAGUAAAGCACCAAACAAUAUGAAAUCAAGAGAUAACAAAGAAAGGAGCCAUUUGAUGGAUUGCAUACAAUACAAGACAAGUUAGAAAUUUUAUAGUCUCUAGUCAAGCAGAUGAAUUUUUUAUCAGCUCAUUGAUGUGUGCAAAUUUGGGCAACUUUACAUUGGCGGUUGGCCAUUACUCAUUCUGUAAAGCUCAAGCUUUUUUUCUUAACCCCCAUAGUGAUGUUCACCAACAGCUGAACUUGUGGCCGCACGCCAUUCAGAGCCAAGGUAAGGGCGUCCCCAACAGGUAUCGAAAUCGCUAGCAAUAAUGUUUUUAAUUCCACGUGGAUGAGAGAGAGUGCCCUAUAUAUUCUGUAGUCUGGAUGGGAAUGUGAUCAAUCUGUGUAUAUUCUGCUGAAGUGCUAAUAGAAACGCGUCGGUCUAGGGUCCUAUUCUCUGAAGCGAUGCCAUGAAAUUGCGUCGGUCUCCGGAAGUUAACACCAGGAGACUGGCGAGGCUUUGGUUUUGUCGAAAAGCACUCGUGCAUCCAGCCACUGAACACUUGGUUUGGGCGUACUGAUCCAAGUUUGUGUUAAAAUAAUUAACAUUCCAACGUGUUUUAUUCUGA